CCGGCCUCAGGCGCGCGCCAGGAGCUCCAUGUGGGGCCGCCAAAGUCGAGCCGUGCUGAGUCCGGUUGCCGUAGCAACGCGGGCUUCGGUGUGGGCCCGACUAGGCCUCGCCUCCCUCGCGGGACCCGCUAUGUGCAGCUGGGCCGCGGCGGGGCGGCGGCUGAGCGGCUGCCGAGCGCGCGUCGCGCUCCCCGGAGCCCCCGGGCGGGGGGGCAGCUCGUGGCCCGGCGGGGGCCGGGCCGUGAACCUGACCGAGCUGCUGCAGAGCUCGGUGGGGGACGAGGAGCCGGCGACGCGGCGGCGGCGGCCCCCCCAGGAGGGCACCGUGCUGCUCUUCCCCGGCCAGGGCAGCCAGUUCGUGGGGAUGGGCCGGGGGCUCCUGCGCUACCCCAACGUCAGGGACAUGUUCCGGGUGGCCGAGAAGGUGCUGGGCUACGACCUGCUCUCGCUCUGUCUGCGGGGGCCGCAGGCCGAGCUGGACCGCACCCUGCACUGCCAGCCUGCCAUCUUCCUCGCCUCCCUGGCCGCCGUCGAGAAGCUCAACCACCAGCAGCCCAGUGUCAUUGAGAACUGUGUUGCAGCUGCUGGGUUCAGUGUUGGAGAGUUUGCAGCCCUGGUGUUCGCUGGAGCCUUAGAUUAUACAGAAGCCUUGUAUGCAGUGAAAGUGCGUGCUGAAGCUAUGCAAAAGGCAUCAGAAGCUGUCCCAAGUGGGAUGCUAUCAGUUAUUGGUCAACGCGAGUCAAAUUACAACUUUGCCUGCUUGGAAGCUCGUGAACACUGUAAAUCAUUGGGUAUAGAAAAUCCUGUGUGUGAAAUUUCAAAUUACCUGUUUCCAGAUAGCAGAGUCAUUGCAGGACAUUUGCAGGCUUUGGAAUUCUUGCAGGAGAAUUCCCAAAAAUAUUAUUUUAAGCGAACAAAAAUGCUUCCAGUCAGUGGUGCUUUUCACACAAGACUCAUGGAACCAGCAACAGAGCCUUUGGCUGAAGUUCUAAAAUCAGUUGAGAUUCAGAAACCAUUCAUCUGUGUCUAUUCGAACGUUGAUAGCAAAAAAUAUAUGCAUUCAAAACACAUUCAACGUUUGUUAGUAAAGCAGCUUGUUUCACCAGUUAAGUGGGAACAGACUAUGCAUGCUAUAUAUGAAAGAAAACAAGGAGUAGAGUUUCCUUAUACAUAUGAAGUGGGGCCUGGGAAGCAGCUAGGAGCAAUCCUCAGAAACUGCAAUUUAAAGGCCUGGAAGCUCUAUAAACAUAUUGAUGUUUCAGAAGAUGAGGAAGCAGAAGAAAUGUAGUUUUGAAGAAAAAUCCACAUGAUUUGCCCCCCCCCCCCCCCCGCUUAAUUUUAAAUGAUUUUAUUACUCCUGAAAGGCAGAUACGACAACCCUGAAGACUAAAGGCCUCUCUUUAUCUUAUCCCCAGAGGAGCUCAGCACACGCAAUUGCAAUGCAAGGUUUCCUUCCCCAUGUUACAGCUCCAGCAUGCGUCAGACUUCCCAUGGAAGGACCACUUCUAAGCUUCAGCCAUUCAACCUGUCAUUUCUGAGAGACAGCCAACAAAGAUGCCAGUUUACUAUUAGAUUUGGGCCCGGUCCUGGUAGCAAAUCCACACAUGCAGGCCCUUUUACCCAUGUGGAGUCAAGUUGAAGUCAGUAGGGUUCUGUCCAUGUGCAAAGGUCUUUUUGCUUGGAUCUAGUUGCAGAAUCAGGCCUUUUAAUAGUAUUUUCUUAUGUGGACUUCUGUUUAUUAGGAUCAAGAAUUUAUUUCGAUAACUAUUGGAUAAACUAUUGGAUUAUAACAACUUUCAGUCACUACCAUGUUUUGUUUUAUAAAGUAUCUAAUCAGUGGGACAAAUAACUGAAAUGCUCUUUUUUUAAAUUUUGUUUCUACAGGAAAAGUUUAUUUUUUCCAUGAGUCAGAUAAAUUAGAAAAUUAUUAUUAGAAAUACAAUUUUCUUAAGGUUUGUAUUAUUAAUAAAUUAUUUAUA